AUGAAAUCAUCUUCGUCUCGAGAUGUAGAUCUUUUAUUCUUUGCUUUACAUCAAGCUAAUAUACAAUGUUCAGAGAAAAGUACUAUGAGAUCUCAAAUGAGUCGUGGUCUUUAUUUUUACGACCAAUUUACUCGUACAUCUCAUGUUGGUGGUAUACAUCGAUAUAAACGACAUCCAGAAGAAUUAAAUCAAGCAUUACAUCAUGUUCGAAUUGCUUUAGCUGCUGAAGAUGAUCAACCAGUUAAACCAGACACAGCAACACCAACAACAACAAUUAAUCCUACACCUUCUCCAGUUAAACAACAACUUGGUAAACAAACAAAUGAACUUCUUUUAAGAACAAUUGAACGAAAAUUAAAAGCACCAAUUGUUCCUGAUGCAUUAUUCAAAGACUUAGAUUCAUUAUUUCAACGAUUUGAUGAUAAAUCUAAAACAGCUGUAUCAUCACCAACAUCAAAAUUUCCAUCAUCAAUAGCUCCAAAAUCUGCUCAAUCUACUCUUCCUGAUAAUGAACAAGAACUCGAUACAAUGCCAAUACAAGAAGCUGAUGAUGAAGAUGAAUUAAUAGCAGCAACAUCAAAUACACCUAAAAUUUCUUUACCAGGCUCAUUAAUUAUUAGAUUACAUUCAACAUGGACUGAUCUUAUUGAAAAUACUGAAUAUAAAUAUAAAACUUGGCAAACAAAAACUGGUGAAGAUAAUUGGCGUCGAUAUGUUGAACGAAAACGUUUAGAACAACUCAAUGCUGAAAAAAAUCGAGCAAUGGCUGCUAGUAAACAAAGCAAUUAUCGUCAAGGAGCUUCUCGUACCGGACAUAAUCCUUUUACAAAUCUUUCUCGUCAACAACAAUUAUUAAAUCCUCAAAUGCGUUCAAAUCGUUCAUUAUCUCGUGUAUCAUUUAUGAGUACAAAUACUAUUUCACAAUUAGAUCAUAUUAAAACAUUUAAACCAAUUCAUCAAGGAAGUUUAGAAAGUUUAAAUGAACCACUUAAAAGUGGAAUUCAUGUUGAAUUUAAAUUAUCAACACAAGUUGAUCAAACAAAACAACAACAACAAUCACAAAUACAAGCAUUAAAUGAACAAAAAGGUGUCAUGUUUGAUGUACCUAAACCACUUGUUGAUGUACAUGAAGAUAUUAUUGCAUUAACUCAAGCAAGAUGUAAACGUCUUUUAGCUGAAACAAAACAAAGAAUACUUGCAACAGUACCAGAUUCAAAUAUUCAAAAUCCAAAAAUAUGCAAAGUUUGGUAUUAUGGUGAAAAUCAUCUUGUUAGAAAUAAAAGCAAUUUAUUAACUUUAAAUGAAUUAGCUCGACGACAAAAAUCAAAAUUUAUUUUUUCAAUCUUACGAAGAGAAAUUCCUGAAAAAUAUAAUAUUGAUAUUGAAAUACCAGAAGUAAAACAUAAAUGUUAUUUAGAAAUGACUGAUGGUUCAAGUCAAAUUUAUUAUCCAUCUGGUCGUUUGGCUGUAUUACGUAUUCAUUCACCUAAUUCCAUGAUACUCUUUUUUGACGAUGUUGAUAUUUCAGAAAAUGCAUUUCUUGGUCUUGUUACAUCUACUGGUAGUGUUCUUAUAAUGCAACCAACACUUCAUGCUCGUUUUGUAACUGAUAAUCAACAUGAACGUAAUUAUUUAUGUAAUGGUAAAACAGGUAUUAUUGAAAAACAAAUUCAAUGGCAUUCAAAUAAUAUUACAACACAAUUAAUUUCAUCAAAUGAACCUACAAUACAAGAUGAAGAUGAUAUACUUCCAGCAUUACUUGAAAGUACUAUUCAAUUACAAUUAAAUUCUUAUAUGCAACUUGAAUAUCAUAAUCCCACAAAUAUACGUUUUGCAUUUGCAUGUCAAAAAGAAGAAUUUAAAUUUCAAUUAGGUGUUCAAUUAUCAACAAUAUCAGUUGAUUUAACAAAAAAAAAUCUUUUAGAUAAAAAAUUUCAAUCAAAACCAAAAUUAUCAACAAUUUUAUCUGGUUCAAUAAAUUCAAAUCAAAUAUCGAAUACUUCAGAAAAACAACAAAUACAAGUUGAAAGAUUAUUAGAUGGACAUGUUAAUGUUAGAGAAUUACCAAUGAUUAAAGAAUUAAAUAUUUUAAGAAAACGUAUUAGAAAUAUUUGUCAUGAUUGGCUUAAACAAUGUCGAACAACAUUAGGUGUCAUGGAUAUUGAUUCAUAUUGUCUACCUGAUUGGCCAUCAGCAUCAAAUCAAUUAAUUGCUCCAAUUAUUAAAUCUCAACAAAGUAAAAGUGCAAAACAACCUCGACAUAUAACAAUAUUAACAAAAAAUGAUUCAAUAAAUAAUGAAUUUCUUCAACCAAGUGAAAGAGAACAAAUUAUACGAACACAUUCAGCAAACAAACCUCAACCAAAUCUUAUUGCAAAUACAAUUAUGCAAUUUAUACCUCGUUCGGAUAGUGGAAAAAGUAUGAAACAAAAAUUUUAUGCAAAGAAAAAUCGUUUAUCAACAACUCUACCAGCUAUUAAAUCUAAAUUAAUGACUAUCUUCUGUUUGAUAUUAAAAACUCCAUCAGCACUACCAUCAAAUGAAGAAAGACCAUCUUCUCUUAAUGUAAUAUCAAGUGAUCUUCCAUUUUCUUGUUCUAAUUUAAUUCGUCAACGUCUUAUUCAAGAUGGUCCAAUAUCACCAAUAUUACAUGAUACUUGUACAUGUCGUGCUGAUCAUAUACCAAUUAUUCAUGAUCUUGAAUUUGAUACAUUUAUUGAAUUAAUAGGUCAAAUAAAUCCUAAACAAUUAAUUGUAAUAGGUGUUAUAAAUUCAAAUCUUCGUCAAAUUGAAUAUGAUGAAAAGCAACAAUCAAAUGAAUUAUAUGAAAUACUUCAAACAUUACAUUAUCAUCUUAAUUAUGGUCGUAGUCAAAUAUCUGUAUGUCGUUUAUCAACAAAUGAUGAUUAUCGGUGUUUAAUAUAUGAUUUAGCUGAAGCAACAAAACAUAGUUCAUUAUAUGGACCAUUACUUGUUCGACGUCAUAAUGUUCAACCUGGUUUUGUUCUUAUUUAUCAACAUGGACAAGUUAUUUUCGGUGAUUCAAUAUUUAAUGGUUAUGGAAGAAAUUUACAAGAUUUGAAAAAACAAUUAGAUCGUAUGAGACAUCAACAAAUUGCUUUACCCGAAGAAUUCAAAUUUAUAUCUGAUCAUCGACGAACAAAUUCAACAGUUUUAAAAUCAGCUUGA